UUUUAGUUCAGUGCCAGCUUCAGUUUUAAAGACUGGCUGAUGAAAUCUAAAGCAGUGAAGCCUAAACAAAUGAAAACUAGAACAACCUACAGGAUUAACACAGAGAUACAAUGUACAACACUGAGAGAUUAGAGAUAACCCAUGCUAUUUAUGAUGAUGUGAUGACUUGGACUGAGGAGAGAGCAGAAAGAGUGGAGAUGAUGGUAGAUAUCUAUGACCGUGUGGAUCCUGUCAGUCAUCAUGAUCUCCCGUCACACACAGAGAAACACCACACACUUCAGCACACAGGAAGUGUCUCAGUGGAGAACAGAAAGCACCCAGCACCUGUAGUGUGUUUGUGUCUGCUGUGUUUUCUUCUGCUGACUGCUGUAAUGGUGCUGUGUGUGUGUUUCACCACCGAGAGAAAACAGUUACUAACACACAUCAGUAACCUGACUGAAGAAAGAGAGCAGAUAAAAAACAAGUUUGACAAACUCCAACAUGGCCUUUAUGAACAAGAUCAGCGUGCUGACAACUUUCAAUGGAUUUACUACAACUUCAGCUUUUAUUAUAUUUCAUCUGAUUGGAAAAGCUGGAGUGACAGCAGACUAUACUGUCAUCAGAAACGAGCAGAUCUGGUGAUAAUAAACAGCAGAGAGGAACAAGAGGUUUUACAGAAGGUUGUUGGGAGUUAUAAAUUUUGGAUUGGUUUGAAAAAAUCAGGAAAGUGGGAAUGGACUGAUGGUGUAACAUUGACAAAUGGCUACUGGAGUUAUGGAUAUCCACGUUCAUACGGUGAUUGUGCUCAGAUGUCCUCAACAGGUUGGGAAGAUGGGUCAUGUACUUAUACGAAAAAAUUUAUCUGCAAGAGAACAAUAUGUACAUACAGUAAAAUAAACCUAUCAUGUUUUUGAAAUGCAAUACCUCUGCUUUAUAAUUCGAACUAUAUUAUUAAGUACAAAUCAUUUUGAAAUUUGAAAUUUGUACUAUGUGAUUCAUCUGCUUUUUAAAUAUGUAAAUAAGUGGAAAUACAAGUUAUAUUGUUCAUACAAGUUAUUUUUUAACGAUAUAUCUAUUUAUGUUAUACCGCUUCUCUCACAAAAAAAAAAAUCCUUGUGUGUGUAAACAUG